AUGGAGUUAGCUAAACGUGGCCACGAACUGGUUAUUAUCACACCGAAUCCCGCGCUACCCAAGAACAGGCCGCCGGACAACAUUACUGAAAUCGAUACUUCGGAAGCAUAUCAAUCGGUCACUUGGAUAUUUAAAGAGUUUGGAACUUUUUUUAAGAGAGGAGCUAUUUUUGAUAUCGAUGUGAUGUUUCGUGACGAAGUAAUAACAGGUAUGCUGGAUGUAAUGUUACAGGAGUUCGAUCAGCCAGAAGUACAAAAACUCUUAAAGGACAAAUCACAAAAGUUUGACCUCGUGUUCUUGGAAGCGAUGGGUAACUACCACUUGGUAGCCUCCCAUGUAUUUAAUGCCCCAGUAAUACUCUUUUCCUCGUUUUGUGGAUACCCGGAACAUUUAGAAGCUAUGGGCGCUGUCAGUGUUCAUCCUCUAUAUUAUCCAACUUUUUAUAGAAAUAAAAUUAGAAACCUUUCUUUCUUGGAAAAGAUAAGACAAACGUAUUUGGAAUAUAAAAUAUAUCACUUCGAAAGGUUAAAACGGCAAAAUGAAAACGAAGCGCUAAAGGAAAGAUUUGGUCCAGACGUUCCCAGCAUAGAAGAAAUGCAGAAAAACGUACAGAUGCUGUUUUUGAACUCGCACCAAAUAUUCGGCAACAAUCGGCCCGUGCCUCCCAGCGUGGUGUACCUGGGGGCCCUGCACCUCAAGCCUGUUAAAGAAUUGCCUGAGGAUCUGAAGACAUAUUUAGACAACUCUUCUCGCGGAGUGGUGUAUGUGAGCUUAGGGAGUAACAUCCGUCCCUCAAUGAUGGAUCGAGAUUUCCUGGAUGCGUUUUUGAAUGCUUUUGAAGCCCUGCCGUAUGACAUUCUGUGGAAGUUUGACGGUGAAGAUCUGCCCAAGUUGUCGAAAAAUGUCAAGGUGCAGAAAUGGUUUCCGCAGAGAGACUUAUUAGUUCAUCCUAAGAUCAAAGUGUUCGUAACGCAAGGAGGUCUGCAGUCCACGGAUGAGGCCAUAGACUCGGCAGUGCCUCUCGUCGGCAUCCCGAUGAUGGGCGACCAGUGGUACAACGUCAACAAGUACGUCGAGCUCGGCAUCGGCGAAGAGAUCGACUCGUACACCAUGACGGCUGAUGACUUGGUCAACGCAGUCAACAAAGUCAUCGCAAACGAAAGUUACAAGAAGAACGUAGAGCGGCUGCGCGAUGUGAUAAGAGACCAGAAGGAAACACCCCUGGAGCGCGCCGUGUGGUGGACGGAGCACGUGCUGCGCCACGGAGGAGCGCACCUUCGCGCCGCCUCCGCGGGCGUCACUUGGAGCGAGUACCUCAUGGCCGACGUCAUCGCUGUGGUCACAGCCGCCGCGAUCUUGGCACUGGCGCUGCUUGUGUGCGCGUGUAGAGCCGUUGUUAGAGCGACUCACCAAAGUGUUACAGUCAAACCCAAACAAAACUAG